ACUUCCGGCGUUGCUAGGCUCCUCCGGAAUUAGCCGUUUGUUUACACCUUUCUUUGACUUUAAGGAGCGUCAUUAAAGCUGCCUUGAAGAGAAACUAAAACAGAGGAAUACGUUUUUUUUUUUUUAAAUACGUUGUUACGGUGUUUUUUGAAUCUGUUGUGCUCGAUCGAUAUAUUGAAGAAUAUGUAUUUAUAACUAGCUACUUGCCUGUUACAGUAACUAGUCCCUCGAACAUAACGGUUGGAGAGUUUGAAUAUUCACUCCAAAAUGCCCUUGUUUGGCAACAUUUUCAGUCCCAAGAAAACACCGCCUCGGAAGUCUGCAUCCCUUUCUAAUCUACAUACACUGGAUCGGUCAACACGAGAGAUUGAAUUAGGUCUGGAAUAUGGAUCUCCGGUGAUGAAUAUUGGCGGCCAAAGCUUGAAAUUUGAAGAUGGCCAGUGGAUCUCCGAGUCAGGAGGUAAUGUAGCAGGAAAAGAGGUCCAGCGACUGAAGAAAAGGAAUCUGCAGCUGGAAGAGGAGAAUAAUCUCCUCAGGCUAAAGAUUGAGGUUCUUCUUGAUAUGCUUUCAGAGUCAACGGCGGAAACACAUCUAAUACAGAAGGAACUUGAAGAUGUGAGGAGUAAUUCUAGGAGAAAGAAAUGAUGAAAGGAAAUAAAGGGGAUUCAGUCAUUUUUUUAUAUGUGUAUACAGUAUAGGGAUUUUAUAAUGAAACUGGUGUAACUAUAUUACACAUUUCUAUUUUAUUACUGUUUUUUUGCCAAUUAUAUGAAAAAAAUAUUGGGUUUUUUUUCAGUUUCAAUUAAUAAUUUAAGGUAAUCUUUACGCAAGGAUCUAUUUUUGGCAUUUUUUGUUUAUUCACAUAAUGUUGUGUAGAAAAUACCUUCAGACUACUAUUGUCAAAAAACAACUGCUGAAUUAAACAGCAUGUUAUCAGGUUACAUAAACUCAGCUGAAGCUCACUUAUAAUGUGUUUAGAAUACAAUAUCUUGUCUUAUAGCCAGGUAUGACAAAUCUUCAUUCCUUUGGCCCCAGUAAGUGCUCUUACAUGACAGUCCCAAAAUCUUUCUGCAUUUUAGAUCUGAAUGUGCAUUCAAGUAACAGAGAACAAUUACACUCUUUCUUUGGUUCAGCAGUAAGAUUAGUCAAGAGCUGUAAAGGUUUAAACAUGUACAUGCUGAUUUAAGAGGAUUUUCAUAUGGAGUGUGAGGCACGUAUUACACGCCUAGGGUGGCAAACUCUUGAUCUGGCUUUUUUUUUUUUUUUUCAAUAAUAAUAAAUUGAAUACAUUUCAAUUAUAAUAAAUGUUGUACAAAUUUUAUGCCAAAGUGUUAUUUGAAAAAUAUAGCAUUGUUUCCAAGUUUUGCUAUUUUGUAAUUUGACCUGUCAAAACAUUUCAUUUAAUAUUUUGCUGGCAAAAAAAAAAAAAAGUGUAUUUCCAAACCAAUAAAAGAACACUUGUUAUUGUAUCACA